CAGGAAUUUCUCCUCUGUUUUAAAGCAUUUUAUUGAGGUUGGGGUGAGCAACCAAACAAAAGUAUUUUUGAAAGGCCACAUGGCAGGGGGAGAGAAAAAUCCCCAAGGACAGUAUCUUCCAUAUCCCUGAAUCCAAGUUUGAAAUAAAAAGCUAUCCAUUAACCUCCACUUUUCUUCAUACAGAAGGAGAGAAGAAGAUCAUCAAAAACUCAGUGAUUUUGCAGAAGAAGAAAAAGAAGAAGAAGAAGAAACCAAUGGUUUGAAGAAGAAGGAAUUUUUGGAAUGGAGAGCCAAAGAGUUGAAGAAACUUGUUCUGUUUAUGGAAUCAACAACAACAAUCUUUCUUCAACUUUGAUCAGUAAUCAUGAUGGGCAAUCUUUUGACUUUGGAGAAUUGGAACAAGCAAUUGUGCUACAAGGACUCGACGCGAUGAAUAAACUCGAUCAUUACGAACCUAAACAAAGCUUUUUGUCAGGGAAGCCUGCAGCAACACUGGAAAUGUUCCCCUCUUGGCCAAUCAAAUACCAACAAACUUCAAGAGGAAUUAGUUUGAGAAAAAUAGAAGAGAUGAUGAGAGGAUCAGGUAAUUAUAAUAACAGUAAUAAUGAAGAAGAAGAUCAAAUGGAAAUAUUGGAAAAAGAUCACGAAGGUGAAGAAGAAAGUGAAAUGAGUAAUCGUUCAACUCCUCGAGAACAACAUGAACAUAGCUAUAACACCUCCUGCUUUAAUAUUAUUAAUAAUAUUCAACCUCAUCAAGUUCUUAUGGUCAGUACUGAUGUUUCAACAACUGCACUUUCAUCUCAACAUCAGUACUCUCUUCAACAAAAGAGAAAAGGACGUGGUUCAAUUUCAACAUCACAGAAACAACUUGACGCUAAGACAUUGAGACGCUUAGCUCAAAACAGAGAGGCAGCGAGGAAGAGUCGACUAAGGAAGAAGGCUUACGUACAGCAACUUGAGAAUAGUAGAAUUAAGCUUACACAGCUCGAGCAACAAUUUCAACAGGCACGAUCUCAGGGUGCUGGCGGCGGCAUUGUCAACCAUGGGAGUAGUGCAAUGUGGUUUGAUAUGGAAUAUGUAAGGUGGUUGGAAGAGGAGCAUCGACACACAGUGGAGUUGCGUGGAGGAUUAGAGGCACAUGUAUCAGACACAGAGUUGAAAGUGAGAGUUGAUGCAUGUAUUUAUCAUUACGACCAAAUCUUUCGAUUGAAAGGAGAGGCUGCUAAGUUUGACAUCUUCCAUCUCAUUACUGGGAUGUGGAUGUCUCCGGCUGAGCGUUGUUUCCUUUGGAUUGGUGGAUUUCGACCCUCAGAUCUCAUCAAGAUGUUGAUGUCACAAUUGGAUCCAAUAACAGAACAACAAGUGAUGGAGAUUUAUAAACUACAAAAUUCCUCACAACAGGCAGAAGAUGCUUUAUCUCAAGGCCUUGAUCAACUUCAUCAAUCUUUGACCGACACCGUCGCAGCCGGUCCGAUCAUCGAUGGAGGAAUCAACCACAUGGUUUUGGCCAUGGACAAGCUCUCUAGUCUCCAUGGCUUUCUCCAUCAGGCAGAUAUUUUGAGACAACAAACGCUUCAUCAACUACAUAGGAUACUCACGAUCAGACAAGCAGCCAAGUGUUUUUUGGUCAUUGGUGAAUAUUACAGUAGAUUACGAGCUCUAAGUUCCCUAUGGUCCUCUCGUCUUAAAGAGGGUAUUGAAGACAAUUCAUGCCAAACAAGUACACAUCAGCAAGUGCAUAUGGUUCAACCUUCACACCAUUACUUCUCAAGCUCCAAUUAAUCAAACUCAUUAAUGCAUGGAAGAAGUCUCUAAUUGUUAUACCCUUUGUUCUUCUUCUCAAUCAUCAUUCUCUAAUUGACGUUAUACCCUUUGUUCUUCUUCUCAAUUAUUGAGGGAUUCAUUAUCAUUGUCAUUAUUAACUUUUACUACUUUUACUUGA